GGCCGCGGCGCGUGCCUGGCCGGGUGUCCGGGAGCCGGAGGUCCACCAUGAAGCUCCUCAGCAAAAUGAUCGAGCGGGACAACUCGGGCCAGGUGACUCUGAUGCCAGAGGAGGCUGAGGACAUGUGGCACACCUACAAUCUCCUCAACGUGAACGACAGCUUGAGGGCUUCCACCAUCAGGAAGGUGCAGACGGAAUCGGCGACGGGCAGCGUAGGCAGUAAUCGCGUCCGCACGACCCUCACCAUCUGCGUGGAGAACAUCGACUUUGACGUCCAGGCAUGCAUGCUGAGAGUGAAAGGGACCAACAUCCAGGAGAACGAGUACGUGAAGAUGGGUGCCUACCACACCAUCGAGCUGGAGAUGAACCGGAAGUUCACGCUGGCCAAGAAGCAGUGGGACAGUGUGGUUUUGGAGCGGAUUGAACAGGCAUGUGACCCAGCGCAAAAUGCAGAUGUGGCGGCUGUGGUGAUGCAGGAGGGUCUGGCGCACAUCUGCUUGGUGACGUCCUGUAUGACGGUGCUGAGGGCCAAGGUGGAGAGCACGAUCCCCAGGAAACGGAAAGGCAGCUGUUCUCAGCACGACAAGGCCCUGGAGAGGUUCUACGAGUCCGUCAUGCAGGGGAUCAUUCGACACAUCAACUUCGAUGUGGUGAAGUGCGUGCUGAUUGCCAGCCCUGGUUUCGUCAAAGAACACUUCUGCAAUUACAUGUUUGACCAGGCAGUGAAAUCCGAUCUCCGGCUCAUCCUCGACAACCGCUCCAAGUUCCUACAGGUUCACUCCUCCUCUGGGCACAAGUACGCCCUUAAAGAGGUGCUCUGUGAUCCCAACGUGACAGGACGACUGGCCAACACGAAGGCAGCUGGGGAAGUGAAAGCGCUGGAAGAUUUCUACAAGAUGCUGAAACAAGAGCCGGACCGAGCCUUCUACGGGGUGAAGCAAGUGGAGAAGGCAAACGAGGCCCUGGCCGUGGAAACCCUCCUCAUUUCCGACAGUCUCUUCAGGAGCCAAGACAUCGCACAGCGAAAUCGCUAUGUCAAACUGGUGGACAGCGUGCGUGAUAAUGGGGGAACUAUAAGGAUGUUUUCCAGUCUCCACGUCUCCGGAGAACAGCUUAGCCAGCUGACCGGAGUAGCUGCCAUUCUCCGAUUCCCGGUUCCUGAUCUCUCGGACCAAGAAGAUGAUUCCGGCUCGGAUGGCGACUAAAAUGUCUGGAAGCUACACCUCCCGUUCAGACAGGCCUCUCUCCUGCCUCGGAUUUGGGGCUGCAGGAAGUGGGGACGGAGGGGAGAGAGCUUGGAACCCCCUCCCUCCCCUCGACUGUCUUACUACGAUCUCCAGCACAGACUCAAGUUCAGAGGCAGUGGCCUUAUGUUGGGACAAUGGGGUGGGGUGGGGGGG